CUGUCCCUCCAUGCCCUUCCUCUUUCCAUUUAUAGCACAACCCAAGCGUUCCCGGGUCUCAGGGGCAGCUGGUUUGGCUGCUCAACUGACCCUCAUCCACCCGCCCACCGCCUCCCGCCCGAGAGCCUCAUCCUGCCAGCCCUAAGCCUCCCCUCCUCUCUUGAGCUCCUGAGAGCUCUGGCGGGUGCUGGUGGCCGCUCAAUGUAGGCGCCCACCUCGCGGAGGAGAGUCAGAGCUGCUGCUGCUGCUGCUGUUGCCGCCGCAGCACUUACUGGCAAGGCAUAAAGUUUAUUUGACUUUAUUUUUUUAAAAAGAGAGAGAGAGAAGAAAGAAAGUGACGUAAAAAAAUCUUAAAGAGCUCUUUGGCAGCAGAUUAUCUGGGAAAUCGGACCAUGUGAGAAGGGUGUACAAAAAGGUCCCCCUCUUCUGAUGGGCGGCCCAAAGUCUGCCAAGCCAAUGUAGGGCUGCAGCGGGAGAGCCCUGGAUGAAGCCGGGUCCCUCGGAGACCAUCACAACAUCAGCUGCCUCUUUCUCGAAGCCGACGGCUUGAACCCAGAGCCGAGCUGUUGGGAAACCCUGGGGAAAGCAUCUACGGCUGGACGGCGCUUCUAGUGGGACGUUACCUGCCAAUGGACAGGAGCGCUGCCUUUUAAACGGCUGGGAUGGAGAAGUCAGGCCCCGACCAUGAGACCCAACCUCUCACGUUUCCAAGGGAGACUUCGGAAUGCAAAGAAGAGGGUGACUGCGCGGAUAACGGACUCCUGGCCAAGAGCACCACGCCGAGGUUGGAACUGGCAGAGGACACGAAUAAAGCCUGCCCCAGUUCUGGGGACAAAGGGGCAACCAGCCCCAUCUCCAACGGGUUUUCGGGGGCACAGAGCCCAAGCCCUUGCCAGGCCACCGGGGGCAGCGAGGGGACCCCUUCCGCCACUCCGGCACCCAUGACCACCACCACCACCUCCAUCUUGUGUGUGGUGGAUACUCAGCAACAGCUGAUGGGCGAGAGGGAGACCUGGAGCAAGAAAGUGGACUUUCUCCUCUCUGUCAUUGGGUAUGCGGUAGACCUGGGCAACGUCUGGCGCUUUCCAUACAUCUGCUACCAAAAUGGAGGAGGGGCUUUCCUCCUCCCCUACACCAUCAUGGCUGUCUUUGGGGGGAUUCCUCUCUUCUACAUGGAGCUGGCGCUGGGACAGUAUCACCGAAAUGGAUGCAUCUCCGUAUGGAGGAAAAUCUGCCCCAUCUUCAAAGGCAUUGGCUACGCCAUCUGCAUCAUUGCGUUCUACAUCGCCUCUUACUACAACACCAUCAUGGCCUGGGCCCUGUACUACCUCGUCUCCUCCUUCACCGAUGAGCUGCCCUGGACCAGCUGCGCCAACCCCUGGAACACCAACAACUGCACCAACUACUUCUCCAACCAGAGCACCGUCUGGACCUCCAACUCCACCUCCCCAGCAGAAGAAUUUUAUACCCGCCACAUUCUCCAAGUGCACCGAGCCAGAGGACUGGAUGACCUGGGUGGAAUCAGCUGGCAGCUCACCCUCUGCUUGCUGUUUAUCUUCACCAUUGUGUACUUCAGCAUCUGGAAAGGGGUCAAGACAUCUGGAAAGGUUGUGUGGGUGACGGCCACCUUCCCGUACGUCAUCCUCUUCAUCCUCUUAAUACGGGGCGCCACCUUGCCCGGGGCCUGGAGAGGGGUGAUCUACUACCUGAAACCGGACUGGCCGAAACUUCUUGCCACGGAGGUGUGGGUGGACGCUGCCGCUCAGAUCUUCUUCUCUCUUGGCCCCGGGUUCGGAGUCCUUCUGGCCUUCGCGAGUUACAACAAGUUUCAUAACAACUGCUUCAAGGAUGCUCUGGUCACCAGUGCUGUGAACUGCAUGACCAGCUUCGUCUCCGGAUUCGUCAUCUUUACUGUGCUCGGCUACAUGGCUGAGAUGCGGAAACAAGAUGUAUCGGAAGUCGCCAAAGACACGGGACCCAGCCUUCUCUUCAUCACCUAUGCAGAGGCGAUCGCAAACAUGCCCGCUUCAACUUUCUUUGCCAUCAUCUUCUUCCUAAUGCUGAUCACCCUGGGGUUAGACAGCACGUUUGCAGGCCUAGAAGGGGUGGUAACCGCCGUUAUCGACGAAUUCCCACACGUCUGGAGCAAGCGCCGGGAGCUGUUUGUGCUGGGCUUCAUGGUGACUUGCUUCAUGGGCGCACUCUCGACAUUGACCUUUGGUGGUGCAUACGUGGUGAAGCUAUUUGAAGAAUAUGCUACGGGCCCGAGUCUGAUCGCGGUGGUGUUUAUCGAAUCCAUCGCAGUGGCAUGGUUCUACGGCGUCUCCCAGUUUUGCAACGAUGUGAAAGAGAUGCUUGGAUUCAGCCCUGGAUGGUUCUGGAGAAUCUGUUGGGUAGCCAUCAGCCCUGUCUUCCUCCUGUUCAUCAUCUGCAGCUUCCUAUCCAGCCCUCCAGCCCUCCGCCUCUUUGAUUACGACUAUCCGUACUGGACCAUGGUACUGGGUUACUGCAUCGGGACAUCGUCCUUCAUCUGCAUUCCCGCCUACAUGGUGUACCGGUUGGCAAGUACGCCAGGAACAUUUAAAGAGCGCAUCCUAAAAAGCAUUACACCAGAAACGGCCACAGAGAUCCCUUUCGGCGACAUCCGUAUGAACGCUGUGUAAGCGGCCAUUCUAACUCUGAUGGAAGUACAGAGAGAUGAGGGAAAGGUAGCUGUUGGCUCUUCAACUCUCUCUGCUUUAAGCUCUUUUCCAAAGAACUGAAUUUCAACCGAGACGUGCAUUCACUGCAUCAGAGGCAACAAAAGAUUUGGCCUCUCACUAUUUCCAUGGAAGGAUGGCCGCACACUCCAGCUCCAGACUCUUUUUGAGUCCUCGUCAUUUUUGAAACAUGAAGGUGUAGGAAGGCUAACAAGGACCCAUGACUCCAUGCUGUCCGCGUGGGGCCCUCUGAAUGGUUUUCUUGGGCCUCUGUCAGGCAAUUUUACAGAGAAUUAUAUUCAGUUCCAUCUGUCUGCACCAAACCAUCUGCUUAACCUUCUCAAUAUAACAUCGAUGUACAGUAUUUGCUCAUCAGAAUCUUAACAAUUAGCAGGCAACGGCCAAAACCAACCAACAGGCACCUUCUCAACUAGAAGCAGGACAGGCUUAAUCACAUAACAGGGCAUGUCUGAUUACCCUCAUCAUGGCUUCACAGCUGCGUACGUUGCAAAACUGGCUUCCAUUUGGCUGGUGACUGGUCACCAGGAAGACAAAAAGGGGCUCUCUUUGCAUUUUGGUUUUAAAAAACAUGGCAGCUUUGAGGAUGCUGUUCUGGAAGUAUAAACAGAUGUUAUCACCUGUAAAUGUGAAUCUGCCCAGCUGUCUGGUUUUAUUUUUUGCCCUAAAUUACAGUAACUAUUCAACAUGCCUUGCCAGCUGUAUCUUACUUAAAUAGUAGUGUUUCAAUGCCUGAUAGCCGUUUAAAGAGCGAUGUUGCCAAAAUCUCCAUAUAGACGUGUCGAAUUUCUACAAUGCUACAGCGC